UCAAUUGUGCGACCAUACUUAAUCCAUCACAAAACAUUUUAGUUAAGUUUAUAGUUUGGGUCUCUCAGCUCUAUUUAUUAAAUUUAGAAUGCCGUUUAUGCUAUGAAUUUUAUUUAUAGAUUAUACUUUAAUAGCAGCAACUUAGUUAUGUUAUGAUAUAUUAUUACCAAGAAACUAAAAAGCAUAAUAAAACAUUAUUUCCUUAUACUUAAUGUCGUGCCCGUUAAGUGUUAGAAUGUAUCAUAUUUUUUGGGUUAUAUUGUACAGACUUUGGGAUGUGUCGACGUUAACAUUAAUAUCCAGUAUUAUAGUAUUUUUCCUGUAUGGAUAUUUGAUUGCAUUUUGUGUCUUUAUGGUAGGUCUGUCUGGAAUACUAUACAAUGCUCAAGAUCUGCUGUUAUACUAUCCAAAUGAUCCACCGGAAUCCAGAAUGUUCAUCCUGCAACCUAGCAACUUUAAGUUACCUCAUGAAAAUAUCAAAAUAAACAACAAGGAUAAAUUGAAAAUUCACAUAUACCUUAUUAAACAACCAACUAACAGCAACCACAUACCAACUAUGAUAUUUUUUCAUGGGAAUGCUGGUAACAUGGGUCAGAGGCUGUCUAAUGUCUCCGGAUUUUAUCACAAAUUAAAAAUAAAUAUAAUGAUGGUGGAGUACAGAGGGUAUGGUUUAUCAGAAGGCACUCCAUCAGAAAGGGGGCUUUACAUUGAUGCACAAUCUGCACUUGACUACAUUAUGCACAGAACUGACAUUGAUCGCUCAAAGAUUGUUUUAUUUGGCAGGUCAUUAGGUGGAGCAGUUGCUAUAGACUUAGCUUCUAGGUUGGAGAACAGAAAUAAGAUUUGGGCUUUAGUUGUGGAGAAUACAUUCACAAGCAUACCUGACAUGGCCCAGAUCAUUCUCAAGUGGAGGUGUUUGAAGAUACUACCACUGAUAUGUUACAAAAACAAGUACAUGUCAGUGAACAAAAUUGGUCAAGUACUAGCACCCACAUUAGUAAUUUGUGGCUCCAACGACGCCCUAGUGCCACCUGAAAUGGCAAAUCAGCUGUACAUGAGGUGCGGAGCCAUCUGCAAGAAGCUGACCGUGAUGCCGGGCGGCGGCCACGACAACACCUGGACCUGCAGGGACUACUACACUUCCAUACAGCAGUUCCUUGUUAAUGUGCCUAUGCUGCCAGCUAGUCUCGGACCGCUUCUCAACGACGAAGAUAACGAUGCUUAUGAUAACAAUGUGACGAGACACACCUUAGUGCACACAGUAUAGCGAGUGGACUCAGUGAUUAUAUAACUAUAUAUAUUGUGUAUAAAAAGAAUACUUUUACCUCAAUUUGCAUAUAUUAUGUUAACAUGUAAAUUAUUUUUAUAUCAUCUUAUUUUUAUUGUACAGAAAGUUAAUUAUAGCUGUUCAAGCAAAUCUUGUCAGUAAAAAAAGGCGCGAAAUUCAAAUUUUCUAUGGGACGAUAUUCCUUCGCACCUACAUUUUUCAAAUUUGCCGCCUUUUUCUACUGACAAGAUCUGCUUGACCAGCUAUAGCACUGCCGAUCACCCAUCGACAAGAGCACAUACAUGUGGUGUUUUAUAGCAGUUCAAGUAGGUCUUAAAAAAUAAAUAGAUGAACCAUGACGUAAUUUUAUGGAGUGUAGGGCGCAUGGUACCUACAAGCUUCACUGCUAGAGCUUGUACGUAAUUAUUGAAAUUGUAAUUUGUGGCACAAAUUAUGCUAUUGAAAAGCAAUAAUAAAUGCAUGCUUGUCAUUGAGUUUGGAGAAGCAAUAUAUUUCCAGGUAUUUUAAUGCAUUAAGAUUACAAAUAAAAUAAAUUUAUUUCUUAUAGUUAUGGUCUUAUAAUAUCAUAACCCCUCGAGCGGCAAAGCAUUAUUUUAAAUUUAGGCGCUGUGCGCAGUUUUCAAUAUUAAAACGCAUUUGUUCAUUUUGAGGCAUGGCAUACCGUUCGAGAGGCAAAUUACUAUAAAUACGACAUCACUAUCAGUGACUCGCAUUGGCGAAUUGAAGAAAUUAGUCAACUGUCAUCGUAUACGUAUUCGUGUGGGGCUCUGUAAGUGCUCUGCAAUCUGAGCUUCCAAGACCUUACAAAGGGUCCAGCGAAUAUUUACACCAUAUAAUUAUGAGCCUUAGGGAGACCCUAGCGACAUCUACCGUAAAAGUGUAGUAUUAUACUACCGGAGUUCUAAAUCAUAUUUGAUUGGAUUCUAGUAUUUUUCCACUUUGUUUCUAACCUUAAUAGCAUUGUUCGCAGACGUUUCUGCUUGAUACAAAAUUAAACCAUAGAGGUAAGUACAAUAAUAUAGAGAUGAAAUGGGGGAGGGGGGAUGCUCUUAUGGAUCUUUAAAAAAGCGGCCAAGAGCAUGUCGGGCCAUGCUCAAUGUAGGGGCCUGUACUACCCGUCCGUCAAGUUUUUUGAAUAGAUAAACUCAAAAACGGCAUAACCGAUCAGGUCAGAUUUCCUCGAGUCUUCUUCACUAAGCUUUAUUUUCACGAUUUUUUGGACCCAUGGUUUUAAAGUUAGGGGGGCGGGAGUCACAAUUUUUAUUAUUUUUGAGCGAUUAUAUAUUAUAUCCAAUAUUUAAAAUAUGGUUAUCAAAAUCCUUAUUCGUUUCGAAAGAGCUAUCCAUUGACCACCGUUUCGUGUAUAGGCGCCACGUUAAAAAAAAUCGUAACUUCGGGGGCUGAGGGAACAUUUUUAGAGUUGGUGUAUUCCCAUUUAUCCCUGCCGGGCACAGAGAAUAGGUGCAUUUAUAUGAAUCAUUCCCAUCUGUCCCCGCCUCAUGCAUGGCUUUGGGCC